AAAAAAGGAAGGGUAAGCGAAGGAGGAUUUUGACUAAAACGAAAAAUUGACAUCAAUCACAAAAAAAGUUUUUUCUUCAUUUUGGUGAUCUCAAUAGCAUUGUAGUAUGUUAAUAAUAUCAGUUUGAGGAUGUCGAGCCUUGUAUCCCAAAUUGUAGUUUGAUUAUUUGCCUACUUAAUUAUUUCUUCUUUUCUAUCAUUGACGCUAGUUCCAACUCUUAAAUCGGGCAACGAUCCCAAUCUACCUUUCUAUCAAGAUGCUUGACUAGGACUUGCCAGUUCGCGAGUCAACCGGUACAACACAUGCGUCUGUUUAGAAUAGGAUUAGAGGGAGAGAUAUUCAUUAGAUAAGAGUAACGUGGGAUAGACACCCAAAAGUUAGUACGCUCUCGGUGCUUAGCAAGCUUACACAGCAAUUAUUACCAUGAUACCAGGAAACCUCUUCCUAGUGCUUUUCGGAUUGUGCUUCGGUGCCCGAAAAAUCGAGGGGAGUUUGUGUCCCGAAGAAGAAUCCAAAGUAGACUCCAUACAAGGGAACGUUGUAGUACCAAAAUGGCCGCAGUCACCAUCAUCAAUGGCGGUCUACUCCGAUCCUCUGUGUCUAUCAGAAGGAAUGCAAGUGAUUACCAGAGAGUGCGCAGAAAAAUGGCGACCAAGAAAAAGUCCAGAAUGUGCCUACACGUCGCCAAGAUUCGAAGAGAAAUAUUGUCCACCAGGUUACCACGUAGUCAUGUUAAAGAAUGAGAAUAACGCUAAUGACUACGUCUGCGUUGGUCUAUCGAAGAGCAUGUGGUCGAGUACGUGUCGUUUCAGCAUCGAAGGACGAAAAAUUGACAAGGAAAUUUUUAGCGCCAUUGCAAAUCAUUUAAAACGUCGAAGAGUCAGGGUAGUCUGGUUGCCAGUAAUGAGGCUGGACGUAUUUGGUCCAUUACUGUGGCAGACACCUGGCGAGAAUUGGGGAUCGAGGAUAAAGAUUCCUGAUGGAAUCGAGAUCACGUACGGGAAUCGAACGAGACGCUGCCUGAUCCUUGACGUGUCCAGUGGAAUAACCAUAAAGCCAGAGAGCUGUGAAGUGGAGCAUCCGUUUUUGUGUCUGGUUGAAAAGAAUUAUUUUCCAAGGGGUGCAUGCCCACCGAAAUAUGUAGCAUCGCCUAUACCGGGUGAUGACAGAUGUUUUCGAUUGAUGAAAAAUUCACGCGACAUCACGUGGAAGAAUGCCAUUCAGCAGUGCACCACGGCGCAGAUCAAUAGUCCAAUUGUGAGCAGACUGUUCGCAGGUCUGGCCAGAAAGCGGGAAAUCGAUAGGGAUGAUUUCUGCUGGAUCGGUGGAGACGGUAGAUACCGAAGUAACACAAUGGCGAUCAAUUCCAAGGGUCAGAUCUCAAAUUUAAAUUCUAAUGUAUCCCUGCACUGUAUAUUCUGUGAGAUGGGUACACCGAGUUAUCCAAGCGCACAGUUCAGUCUGAGAUUCUAUCCGGACGAGGAACAAUUGUUGUUGACCGUCUACGGAAAGGACGGACUCUGGACGGAGUCGUAUACGGACCCAGGCGUGCGAUGCUUCACCAAUGCAAAUGGCGACUUCGUGAGAACAGUCGAGUUGCAGGAAGAAUGGGAGAUGCGCUGGACGGCUAAAGACAUAGAACCGGACAUCGACUUUGAGGAUCGUGUGACUUUGAACUUUGAAACGCAUAAAACAAUCUACAGCGUAGACCUGAGCGACCAAGGGCCUGGGUACUACGUAUGCGAAGGUCACAGUUUAUCAAACGAAUUGAUCACGACCAAGCACGUGAUAGCUUACAAGGAACUUGACGGGUACAUGUUCGCUUUAUCUCUGGAGAUAAUGGAUGCCUGCGAUAACGUCGAAAGCUGCGAUCCGACGUUUCCAAAAAUGUAUAAGAAGCUAGCCAAGGACGUCAAGGACGCUACGCCUGAUGUUCUCGUAAAGGACAUAAGAGCGAUGGAGGUCCUUGACGUGACUGCCGAUGGAAACGUAACCGUUUUGUUUCACGUGACCAUCAAGGAACUGGACGAUAAGGAAUCCUCGAAAUUUUCAUUGUCGGAUGCCUAUAAAAUAACAGAAAGUGUCUUUCGUUUAUUAGCGUCAAUGUAUCCCAAUGUCUAUAGGUUCAAAUAUUUACGUAGCUGCGACGGGUGUCCCGCGUCGAGAACCGGAAGUGGGACGCAGGAGAUGAUAUGGCCGUUUACAUACGUUGGCUCGAGCGCAGUUUCUCAGAAGAUGUGUCUGGACUCCUCGGGUGUUCCUAUUUACAGAAGUUGUAUUGGCAAUUACAUACGUGGUGGCUCAUGGGCAGAACCAUCAGGAUCCUGUACAUCCGGCGCGUCAGAAAGAACCCGGAGGCUGUACGAGAUCAGUGGAACAGUGAUUGGCAAAACUGUACCCAUGGACCCCGAUAUUGCUCAUGAAAUAUUAGAAAUUGUUGAGAGCGCUAACCAAUUGACACCGGCUGACGUGUAUUACUUGGCCCUGAUAACAGAGCACGAGGCCAAGUACGAUAAUAGCGAAGUGAUCCUAGAAGACAUUUACAGAUUCACCUCGAUACUGGACAAAGUCAUGGGCAUGGACAAGGAGGUUAUAGAGAAGUCGCAAGUACUAAAUUCCACGAACGUCCUAUUGGAUUCUCUAGGCACGAUGCUGGACACAGCAGCAACGAAUAUCAGCGCGGACAUUCUUCUGCGGGAGGAUGGCUUGAUACUGAUAGAAACGUCGCACCUGAUAGUGCAGAUUUCCGAUCCAACUGUCAGCAACGUAACGGGACUUGCGCUUUUACGUAAAACGGAAAAUUCGAGUAACGAGGAUCACAAGAACUUCAUGAGCUACACGGUUGUUCCUUUGUACGCGGAUAACGUCAUAGAGGGAAUUGGUCUUCUGGGUGACGUUGAAGUAGCAACGUGGCUUCCUCGGAGCCUACUGAACGCCAGUACAGUCACAGCAUCGGCGUCAAACUUCACUCAGAACAAUUCAACGGCUUUUAACGCAUCUCGCGUCAUAGUGACGCUCUUCUACAGCGACCUGGUCUUCAACAGUGCUUACACAGCGGAUACUAAUUUUGUGGACAGUCGAGUAGUCAGUGUUUCCAUUCCGGGAUAUGGUAGGAAUCUACCGAUACCGAUACCACUGCUAUUCAAACCACUGACAGGUACAGUGCGCAAUUCAGAGACUUGUGCCUUUUGGGAUUUCGAGUACGUAGGAGUCUCACCCGUCUCGUCGUACAGUGCGUGGUCGGAGGAAGGAUGUCAAAAUGCGGGCAGGACGCGUGACGCAUCUGGUGAAUUGAACAUUUGUCUUUGCUCUCACUUGACUCACUUCGCUCAGUUGGUCCUGGGACACAAUACGGUAGCACAAAGUAAAGCCGGCACAAUAUCGAUCCAGCACGAGGAGGCCCUGGAGGUGAUAACGGUAAUAGGAUGUGUGCUAUCCAUGAUUGGUGUCUUUGGUAUACUGAUAACAGCCUUCAUCUUCAAGUCCUGGCGCAAGAAGCCAGGAACGAAGGUCCUCAUACAGCUGUCCUUAGCUUUGGGCUUGGAGAAGUUUGUCAUUGGUGCUAUACCCUUAGUGGACUCAGUUAACUAUCCGAUCCCCUGCAUCGUAGUCGGUAUACUCUUGCACUACGCCAUAUUGGCGGAAUUUUCUUGGAUGCUGGUUACGGCCUGGUUGCAGUUCAAGAGAUACGUCAUUGUCCUUGGCGUCACUAGGCCACCUAGAUUUCUUCUGAAAGCUGCCGCCUUUGCUUGGGGACUGCCAUUUUUAAUAGUCAGCAUAGUCGUUGCCAUUGAUCCAGAAGCUUAUCUUCCACCAGCUGGUGUUAAUAUACGUAUCUGUCAAGUUUUUGGCAUGGCUCAGUAUAUUGGUCUUCUCUUACCGGUAUGCAUUGUCAUUCUUCUUAAUGUCAUACUCUUCCUCAGGGUCAUGCACAGUCUUCUCAGAACCACCAGAUGCAAUCCUAGCAUUGAAAAUGAUACCACUCUGGUGUAUGCACAAUUUAGAUUAGGUAUUAUGCUUUUCUUCUUACUUGGUAUCACCUGGCUCUUUGGUGUUUUUGCCAAAAUGGGGGCUGGAUUGAUAUUUUCUUAUCUUUUUUGCAUUACGGCUGCGCUUCAAGGAUUCGUCCUAUUCCUCUUCUUCAUUGUGUGUGAUCCUGCCACGAGGAAACUUUGGUACUCCGUCAUCGGGAUCCGCGGGCGAUUCUCUAGCAAGGGAAGUCAAAUAUUCUCGGCAAGCAGCGGCACGAGCGAUACCAGCAAUAACCGCUAUUAGAUGGCGGAU